AACUAUUUUAUUAUUAUGUUCAAUGCUUGAAUAGCAUUAAGAUAUUGCUAUUGAGGUGGUCAACACCGUGCCGUCUCCUCAAUGAUGAUGAUGAAACACAGAAAAACAAAAAAACAAAAAACAAAAAUCAAAACUUAUUCUUGUAAUUUUCUCUCUGCAAAUAGGAGCAUUGAUCGUAUGUCACACGAAUUCUUCCAAGAGGUAAUAUUUUUUCUUUUUCUUUUCUUCUUGUAAUUGAGAAAGGAUAAUCGAGGAGAGAAUUUUGGAAAGAAUGGAACCAAUGGAAAAUUUACUAGUGUUUGUCUCCUUGUGGGUUGUGGAGUGCUGUCUGUAAUUCCUUCCAAAACAUAUGCGCACGGAUGCUUCUUUUUGUUAUUUGAUUGAACAAGAAUCAGAGAGUGGUGUGACUGGAGCAUAUUUCUGAGAAAUUAAACGCACUUAAGUUUUAAUUUGGGUCUAGACAUUGCAUAUUAAGUUGGAAAUUUGAGAAUGGAUUCCGUGAAAUUUGCUUUGAAAUUGAAAUUGAGAUUGAAGGAAUUGUUGAAGGUUUUGGUGAAGAGGCGAAAAUGGCUGGGCAAUACGGUCUCUGUUGGUUUGGGAUUGCUAAUGGUGUUAGUAAUGGUGUUGGCUUUCAUUCGUAGCCACAGAAAUCAUUGCAGGGGGGCAGCAAUUGAGGGGGAAGCAGAGCCUUCGUCAUUUCCAUGGAACCCAUUAGAUUACCCUCAUAAAAAUGAAAGUCUCUCAACGGGGGAAUUGAAUUCUAAGGCCUCUCUGAGUCUCGGAAACAUAAUUUUUGUUAUACAGGGAUCUUCAAAAGAGUGGUCAAGAAGAAAGGAAUUUGUGAAAUUGUGGUUCAGGCCUGGGGUAAUGAGAGGGUUCGUUUGGAUGGAGGAAAAUGUCCCGGUUGAAUCAGAUGAUGACCAAUUUCUGCCUCCUAUUUUGGUUUCUGAUGAUUCUUACGCUCUGGGUAUCCGCCUUUCUAUGAUUUUGCUCAACACUUUCAGACUACGCCCACCUGGUGCACAAUGGUUUGUUUUAUGUGAGGAUGAUACUAUUUUUUCAACAAAGAAUUUAAUGAGCGUUUUGGCAAAGUAUGAUUCCACAGACUUGGUUUAUAUUGGAGGAAAUUCUGAGAGUCAUCAUGAGAAUCAUGGUCAUGCACAUGCCAUGGCAUUUAGCGGUGCAGGGAUUGCUAUAAGUUAUGGUCUUGCAGAAGCUUUGUCCAUUAUGCUUGAAGCCUGCCUGGAAAGAUAUCCUCAAGUCCGCCGUAAUGAUAACAGGUUGCAUGCCUGUAUUACAGAGCUUGGUGUCCCGAUUACUCGAGAACAGGGCUUUCAUCAGUUUGACAUCCGAGGAGAUGCAUUUGGGUUAUUGUCAGCACAUCCAUUGACACCUUUCGUUUCUAUGCAUCAUGUAGACCAACUUCAGCCUGUGUUUCCAAAUCAUAAUUCUCUGGAUAGCCUCCGAACAUUCAUGUCAGCCAUGGAAACUGAGCCUGCUAGUUUUCUACAGCAAGCUAUAAGCUACAAUCAUACAGAAAAGUUAUCAUUCUCUAUCUCUCUUGGCUAUGUUGUCCAGGUCUUUCCAAGUAUUAUGUUUCCCAGGGAGCUACAAGAUCCUCAAAUUACAUUCCGUGCCUGGGAUUGGGGGGACCAUCCUGGAGAGUUUUCUAUGAAUUCAAGGAUAUACCCACAAUCACCAUGUAACAGACCUUUUCUGUUCUAUUUGAAAGAGAAUUUUUUUGAUAAAGAGAAAGAUAAAAUUUUGAACAUAUAUGAGAGAUACCUGAUGGUGGAUGAGCAUAAGGCAGAACAUAAUUGUCGAUUUCACAGUUUCUCCCCAAAGGAAGUUCAGAAAAUCCAUGUUAUGCACAAACCUUUUGAACAACGUUGGCAUUUGAUACCAAGAAGACUCUGUUGUAAUAUGAGAGGAAAGAAAGAUGGAGUCCUAACUAUUUCCUUAGAUAAGUGCAAACGAGGACAGAGAAUCUACAGCUGAUUUAAAGACUUAAUUAGGAUUGGGUCAUCAUUGCUCCUGAGAGAAGGUUCUCUAAGUAUUAACCAUUAAUUAGGAUUGGGUCAUCAUUGCUCCUGAGAGAAAGUUCUAUUAGUGCUACCCAUUCUGAGAGGACUACAUUGCUUCUGGGACACACAUUGGAAUUUUUUUCCCGGACUGUAUCUAUGAGAUGCUGUUGAUUACAUCAACUCAAUUGACAGUUGGAUUCAGGUUCACAUGAGGAAUUGUAUUACAUCAAUGAUGAAUAUGGAGAUUGAAUUUUGUCCAAUAAGAUUGCUCCACAAUUGCUGUACAUCAACAAACUGAAGGGCUUGAUUUUGUGAUUUUGUCAUAAAGAAGAACACACAAAUUUUCAUCCACGGCCACAAAAUAAGCCUUGAUAUUUAGGAAAAGGUAGUUGCAGAAUGCAUAUCCAUCGAUUAUUUAUAGAUUACCUUGGAUGAUGUUUGUAUUCAUAUUUCAAACAUCUAAUGUAAUGUAUUGGUUUUUUCAGCCACAAUUUUCUGCCUAGUCAUUUAUACAGAAUUGAAAAAAUCCUGGAAGAUUUUAAAUCAAGCUUGUGUCAAGAUUUUGAAUUUCCCUUGGAGGUUUGGUUCUUGUAUAAUUGAGACUACAACUUUGGCAAAGAUGAUUACAAGAUUUUGUAAAGAGAUUGUAUAUGAUAUGGACAUUUUAUGGAACUUCACAAAAUUAAACAAAAUUUGCAUUUAACAUGAAAGCAUGAUUUUUUGAGGUCAA